CGGUGCAGCAGAAGCCCCCACCAUCACCAACUCUGCUUCUGGGCCCUUCUGUCCCACCCUGUGCGCAGCGUGGUGAUCGGUGCCCCAACAGCGCCACCUGUCAGUGUUCAUCAGUGCCAGCUCUCAGUGCUCAUCCAUGCCACCUGCCAGUGCCCAUCAGUGCCACAUAUCAGUGCCCAUCUGAGCUGCCUUCAGUGUCACCCCAUCAGUGCCACCUAUCAGUGCUGCCAAUCAGUGCCAGUCAGUGCCGCCUAUCAGUGUGCAUCAGUGCCGCCUAUCAGUGCCCGGCAGUGCCGCCUAUCAGUGCCACCUAACAGUGCCAGUCAGUGCCGCCUAUCAGUGCCAGUCAGUGCAGCCUAUCAGUGCCAUUUAUGAGUGCUGCCUUUCAGUGCC